UCUACAGCUGGCUUUUUUUUUCGGAUGAGGGGGUUGUUGUCUAGACAAACAUAAAUAUCCAAAUAACAACCAACAACUCCCUCCUCAGCUGGAUAUAAACUUCCCCAAAACCCCUUCAAAACCUCACCACAAACUCCACAAAAACACCCCAAAAAUGGCACAUCCAGUAGGGAUACUAGUGGUCCCAUUCCCGGCCCACGGCCACCUCAACCAACUCCUCCACUUCUCCCUCCACCUCUCCUCCCACAACCUCCCCGUCCACUUCGCCGCCUCCGCCACCCACAACCGCCAGGCCCGCGACCGGAUCCAGGGAUGGAACUCCACUUCCGUCGACAAGGUCCACUUCCAUGACUUGCAAAUCCCACCCUUUUCCACUCCCCCUCCCGACCCUGACGCUGUGAUUAAGUUUCCAGCUCACCUUCAGCCCAUGUUCGAGGCUUCUGAUCACCUUCGGUCGCCGUUGCUCGAUCUUUUCCGAUUGCUUUCGGGGACUUAUGAGAGGCUGGUUGUUGUUCAUGACCCUCUCAUGUCAUUUGCAGGGAUUGAUGCCGUGACCGUCGCCCAACGUUGAAGUCUACAGAUACGGCUAAUGCGUCUCGG